GACGUGAUUCGGGCGCCAUCUUGAAAAAGGCAAGUCGGAUUGUUCUGAUUGGCGGCCGCUCUCCAGGCAUCGCAUGAUUGCUUAAUAUGAGGGGAGGCAACUUCUAACGGAAUGGGUUGGGUUUUUGUACCUAGCGAAGGACUUAUUCUUGCAGAAGAAGGAAUUGCCGUAGAGAUCUGCUAUUCAGUUCGCAGAUUCAAGUAAAAAUGGCCAGAGUUGAGAAGUUUGCUUUGCACAUGCCAAGCCUGGAAGAAAUUGUUGAGGUUUUGCAGAGUGGACUGAAGGAAAACUAUGCAGAUGUUCAGGUGUCCGUGGUAGACUGUCCCGAUCUAACUCAAAAACCCUUCAGCUUUCCUGUGAAAGGCAUUUGUGGCAAGCCUCGAAUUGCCGACGUUGGAGGCGUUCCAUACCUUCUGCCUCUCGUGCAAAAAGAUAAGGUUUAUGACUUGAAUGUCGUAGCAAAAGAAAUUCAGCUCCCCGGAGCUUUUUUCCUGGGAGCCGGAGCUGCUUCAUCUGGAAUUAUUGGAGGCAAUGCUGAGUUGAUGCCUGUUGUUCGAGUCCAAAAGGAGAACGAACCGGCUAUAAAUGGAAGUUACAUUGCCAGGAUUGAUCCCAAAGAUGGUGGGUACCUGCUGGAGAAGUACAGCACCAAAUAUCACGACUGUGAAUUUGGCCUGCUGGCCAACUUGUAUGCCAGUGAAGGCCUUCCAGGCAAGGUCAUUGAAGUAAAAGCAAACAGAAGAACCGGGGAGCAGAACUUCAUAUCCUGCAUCAGGAAAGCUUUAGAAAAACAUUACGGAGACAAGCCCGUGGGGAUGGGAGGCACUUUUGUGAUACAGAAGGGGAAAGCGAAAAUUCAUGUUAUGCCAGAAUUCUCCACCUGUCCUUUAAACACGGAUGAUGAUGUGAACAACUGGCUCAAGUUUUUUGAAAUGAAGGCUCCACUUAUCUGUCAACCAGUGUUGGUUUCCAGAGAUCCAGGCUUCGACCUACGCUUGGAGCAUACCCACUGCUUUAGUCACCACGGCGAUGGGGGACACUACCAUACAGAUACCACACCAGAGACUGUCGAGUAUCUGGGCUAUUUCACACCUGCUGAGUACCUCUUUCGAAUUGACCGACCCAAGGAAACACACAUGGUGGGGCGAGAUUAAAUCAGCAUCAGGUUCGCUUGGAGAGGGAAGGCAUCCUAACCAAGAAGUGAGAAACCAAGCAUGUUGCUGGCUGUUUGCUUUUAAGUGAAAUCACGGUCACAAAACUCUAAUUGAAGCACCGCAGCAACAGAGCACUUAUCUUUAUUCAUUUUUUAAAAAAGGCAUUUUAUAUGGAUUGUCUUGAUUGGAAACACACCUGAAAUGAAUCUGAUGCAAGAAAUCAGAAGCCAAAUCAUUAAAUGAGCCAUAUAUUAAGCUUCUGUCCCUUUCCAUUCUAACAACUCCUUUAGUAGCAGGCCACUCUGAAUGACAGACAAGAAGUACUGUCUCUGGGUUGCCAACCUCAAGGUGGGGGCUGAAGAUCUUCUGGAAUUACAUGUUAUCUCCAGAUUACAGAGAUCAGUUCCCCUGCAGAAAAUGGCUUAUUUGGAGGAUGGAUGUGGCAUUAUACCCUUCUGAGGUCCCUCCCCUCCCCAAACCCCACUCCAAAGUCUCCAGCGGUUUCCAAACCCAAAGCUGGCAAUUCUACCUGCCCCCCGUCCAUGUCCAGACAGCUGAUAUUGCCUCCCAGUGCUUUUUUUUGCAGCAGGAACUCAUUUGCAUAUUAGGCCACACACCCUUAAUGUAGCCAAUCCUCCAGGAGCUUACAGGCCUCUUAGUACAGGGUCCACUGUAAGCUCCAGGAGGAUUGGCUACAUCAGGGGGGUGGGGCCUAAUAUGCAAAGGAGUUCCUGCUACAAAAAAAAGCCCUGUUGUCUCCUCAUCCACACCAAUAAUAUCCCAAAGAGCCCUUCUGGAACAGACCAACAGUAUCCUGUUUCACAGUGGCCAACAUGUUUUCUUUUUUUAAAAAAUGUUUAAUUUAACCUCUCCUUUCUCCCUAGUGGAAAUCCAAAGCAGUUUGUCAUUCUCCUUAAUUUUAUCUUCACAAUAAACCUUGGGAGGUAAUUCAGGGAGAAACCAUGUUGGUCUGACGCAGCAGAAUAAAGUUUGAGUCCUGUGGCACCUUGAAGAAGUGGGCAUGCGCAUGGAAACUUCUACUCAGAAUAAAGCUUUGUUGGUCUUAAAGAUGCCACUGGACUCAAACUUGGUUCCUGUGAGGUAGGUUAGGCUGAGACUGGCCCAAAGUCACCAGCAAGCUUCCAUGGCAGAGUGGAGAUUCGAACUUGUGUCUCCCAAAUCCUAACACUAACCACUACACCACACUGACUCUCUGGAGGGUCAAUAAACAGGGCAUAGAGACCAAGGCCAUUUCCUGAUACUGCCACCUAGCACUGGGUUUGAGAGGUUUACUGCCUCUUAAAUGUGGAAGUUCCCUUUCAUUACUGUGACUAAUAGAGCGUUCUACACAUAACAGUGUUCAACAUUUGUAUGUAUUAUGUUUGUGUAAUGUACAAUGCUAAUGCAUUGUUGAAGAAGUGAUAUUUCGACCCUUGAGGCUAGCAGCCAUGAUGGACCUAUCUUCCACAUAUCUGCCUUGUAAAGUCAAUGUUACGCUCACUGGCAGUGAAAAUCCACAGUUUAAUUACUCACUGAGUGAAAACACUGCCUUUCAGUUGUGUAGUCAGUCUGUUAUCCAUUAACUUCAUUGGAUGCUCCUCAGUCCUAGUUUGAUUAAAGGGGGAGAAAAAACACAAAGCCAAAAAGGAGGAUAUGACAUCCUUGUUUCUGUAGUCAUUACACCUGUCGCCAGUGUUUUUCCAGAUAUGACAGAGCUGUUGCUCUGCUUAGAGGACUCAAAUGUGCCUUGUAUUCACUAUGUACCUGUGUCAUCUUGUUUUUCUUGUGUCGAUAGAGGCAAAACUUGUUGUUUAGUAGCUGCCAUUCUGUUACAUUUGUGUUACGGGUGAAAGACCAAGGGCAGGAAGCAAAAAUAAAUGUAACAAGAACAUCAGUUAACACUUUUUUUUUUUGCAACCAUGAGGGUUUUUUCUAGCAAUAAUGCAACAGUUCAACAGUCUGAUUAUCAAAAUAAAGAUGGUUUGAAACUAA